AUGGCAAUUCAACAUGAGGUGGGCAUUGAGGAUGCCAAGGGCAAGUUUUCAAGAAGGAAUGCUUCUCUUAUCGGGUCAACUCGCUAUAUGCCUGGAUAUGUCCUACACUUGAGAUUGUGUUGCUACUUCAAGUUGAAGCUGGACGAGGUUGACAAG